CUCUCUCUCUCUCUCUCUCUCUCUCUCGCUCUCUCCCCCCUCCCUCUGUGUAUAUAACAGUAUCUCCAUGCUUUCACACACACCACUCAGUUCAGUGUUACAGAGGGGAUGGACACAGAGUGCAGGAGCAUACCACCAAAUAGGAAAUCAGUGUGACUGAGACACAUAAUACAACUCCUUCCCAGAGGCAGCGUCUAUGCAAAAUGGGUUGUGGCAAUUCCUCAGCCGCCAGCACCUCAGGAGGGGGACCUGCAGAAACCUCCAAAGAUUUGACAGAUGAGCCCUCACCAGACGAUGAGAAAAGAAGGAACUAUGGCGGGGUGUACGUAGGUCUACCAUCUGACAUGACCACUGUUGCAGCCAGCCAGUCCAAGUCCACAGACAAAAACUAACAGAUAUAGACUAACAUUGACAUACAACACAGGGCUGUAGCUACAAUAGACAUUACAUUCCUACGUUGAGAGGAGGAUUACUGACUCAUCCUCACAACCCUGCCUCCGUAAGAGUGAGACAGACUGAAAGACCUUGGAAUCAGGCAGAUAUGAGGUCAGCCUACUUGAGGAAACUGACUCAGAAUGGCACCGAGUAGACCUUCAAUGGACGCCUUUGUCUGAGGAUUCUUUGCCCUUUCUGACCCUCACAGGAAGCCGGGCAGCAGCAGAGAAGUCGGGUGGCUACAGGGCGACAGCGGACAUUGGGACCAACAUUCUGGCAUCUGGGGCUAUGUUCUGGACUAGCUCCUUGUGUUUAGGAAGAGAUGUGACACACACAGCCCAGUGACACUGAGACACCUCCUCGACAGGCUCUGUAAUCAUUUAAUCAAGUGCAUCUAUUGUGGCUGGUGUAGAUACAUGUUUUAUGUAGUGGAAGGGAAAGUGCGGGUCAAACAUAAGCAGUGAUAUUCACUUUUAUGAUUAUGGAGUAUUUUAGGUCACCCAGUUUUCUUUUUUUUUUUCAGAGAUACUGUAAAUAAUUUCAGAGAUUCAUGAAAACAACAUUCUGUAACCCAUUUGGAGAUUGUGUUGUGUUAUUUUCUGGUUGGUUGCUGCUAUCGCUUUUUAAACCACUUGCAUUUCAUACAGAUGGACCUACUUGUAACUUUUGGUACCAAAUGGAUGGGGACCUCCCGUGGCUGUACUGGCUGGUUCUGUAGCCUGACUGUACUGUAGCGAGCAUCUGUUGUGUGCGUCAUUCAUGUCUGAGAUUGUUAAAUGUAAUUUAACCUUUGAAUCAUGCUAACAUUACAUAAUCAGUCUGGCUGGGGCAUAUGACUCAAGAUGCGUUGAGAAUACUACUUUUUUUAUUUAUUUUUACCCACAAAGGUCUGAACUAAUCUGAGAUCUGACUUCAGCAGAUUGUUAACAAUGCAUGCAUUAUACUCCAGGUGCCAGCAGCUGAUGUCAGUGUUCCACAUACAGUAGCUCUUAUCAGCCAUUUUAGCAGCUGCGUUACCAUCCAGAACUUGUUGUUUUAAAAAAAUACAUUAAAUUUUUACGGGGAGUUAAACUCUCCACCUGCAAUUUGUAAAAUGUAUUUUCUAUUUGUAAAAUUCAAAAAUGAUUCCUUUGAAACGAAAUGUACAAGUUUUAUUAUAACAGUUCAUUGGAAAGAUGAUCAGUCAAAUAGCAUCUGAACUACAUUGUUUGGCAAAGGGUUGCCUAAACAUAUUUGAAUCUAUAUUUCUCAUUAUGAACAACUGUAUCAGUGAAUAACACAGGCAGCAUAUUCCUGCACCACAAUAUCUCCUCCCAAAGCAUGAAUUAGAGGUCUGAAGGGAAUAGAGAAUCCAUCCAAGGUCAUUCAUCUACAUGCAGUUCCUGUUCGUUUACUGAUCUAAUAAAUGUAUGAUCUAAUGAAUGUAUAAUCCAGGCACUUGUCAUCUCCCGUCUGGAUUACUGCAACUCGCUGUUGGCUGGGCUCCCUGCCUGUGCCAUUA